UCGAUCACUUUCAAAUACGAUCGGGAUCGGGGUUCAUUAAAAGUGACAGGUUGUUUGUAAACAGCAACGAAGCAGGACAAAGUGGAACACCAUUGAUUUAUGGCAUGCAAUAUUGAUAAACUUGAGACGAUGAAAACACACGUCUAAGUAUAUGCGCAUAAAAACCGCCCAAUAUGAUUGCACUUAUAUUUACGGAUGAAAAUAAUAAACAAACCAAAAAAAAUUACACUAAAAAUUUAAGUCUAACUUAAUCCUUUAAUUUAAAGACAGGAAAAACCAUCAAGGAAGUGAGUCACAGAACGAAGAUUGAUAUAUGAUCGUUCUAAUCAUUAUAAAUAGGGAGGUCAGUAAAAGAUAACCUUUCUUGUCUUUUUCCAUUAGUACUAAAAUUCAAUUCUCAAUGAUGACAGAUUCAAAAAGUAUCGACAAUAUAGCUAUAAAGGAUGAUAAACAUGCUGAUUCCAGUCUGGCCACCGGUCAGGAAAACAAAGAAAAGGUAUCCAAAAAGGAAUUUAGUAAAGAUCAGGAAUAUUUAAAAGAAUAUUUUGCCAAAGCCCUGGGACUUCGACCUCCGCCAAAACAAGUCUUAUCUACAGUCGACAUGGAAGGAAUAGCAAAAUUGAUCUCCGAGGGAAAGGCUAAAAAUAUCAUAACAAUGGCAGGUGCUGGAAUAUCUACAUCUGCUGGCAUUCCUGACUUUCGAUCACCAAAAACGGGACUCUAUGAUAAUCUGGAAAAGUUCAAUCUUCCAAAUCCCCAGGCUGUCUUCUCCAUUGAUUAUUUCAAGGAAAACCCAGUUCCAUAUUUUACAGUUAGGAAAGAAAUGAUUUUAGGAAACUUCAAACCUACACCAUGUCACUACUUUAUCAGAAUGUUGUCAGAGAAAGGAUUACUGCUCCGUCAUUACACACAGAAUAUUGAUGCCCUGGAGCGGACUGCUGGGAUUGAUCCCGAUUUAAUGAUGGAAGCACACGGGUCGAACAGGGUUGGGCACUGUUUGAACUGCUCCUCAGAAUAUUCACACAAGUGGAUAAAAGACAUUUUAAGGAAAGAUGGAAUUCCAAAAUGCACUGUUGAAGGAUGUACCGGGACUAUAAAACCAGAUACAGUCUUUUUUGGAGAGCAACUGCCAAAGAGGUUUACAGAGCUUGUAGAUCAGGACUUUGAUAAGUGUGACCUGCUUAUUAUUCUGGGAACAUCACUAAAGGUCCAGCCAUUUGCUAGGAUAACCAGUAGAGUCCCUGAUGAAACGCCUCGAUUGUACAUCAAUUUGGAGAAAACUGGGACAGAGGCGAAUCACCCCCUAUGUGUUCUGGUAUUUGGUGGAGGAUUUAAGUUUGAUGACGAGGAUAAUUAUCGAGACGUGUUUGUAGAAGCAGCAUGUGAUGAUGGCUGCUACAGACUGGCAGAUCUUCUGGGAUGGGGAGACGAAUUAAGAGAUCUUGUAAAAAGGGAACAUGCAAAGCUUGAUGUAGAGUUUGAAGAGGAGGAGAGAGCUUGGGCUGCUUCCCAGAUCCCCGUCAGUACAACAGCCAAUCAGAAGCCUUGCCAGAUCACGCCACAGCAAAAAAACAAAAACAUCAAAAACAAGAACGUCACAUCCAACAGGAAACAGAAACCCUGAAAUAAUAACGAAAACUCAGAUAAAUUUUGAUACAGAGAUAUUUAUACUGUGUAGCGUGGGUUAAAAAUGAAAUAAAAAAAUACUUCUUGACCAGCAUAUCCAAAACUGGAAAAGUAAUGUUAAUAAUUCAUCCAAGGGUGUUGGUUAUCAAAUUUAUAGAGAAAUUCUUGAACCAGAAAGGCAUUUUAUUAAGAUGCCUCAAAAAUUUUCAACUUUAUUAUGUAAAUUUAGAUGUAACAACUUUAAACCCCACAUUGAAAAUGGUAGUUGAAAUGGUCUCCCAAGAGAACAAAGGAUUUGUACUUUAUGUGAUUUUAUUUAACAUUGGUGAUGAAUUUCUUUAUGGUUUUUGAAUGCACACAAAAAGUAAUUAAAGAGGGUAGGUAAAGAUAUAUCUCACACUAUCUCACAUGCACACCAAACAGAGAGAAAUUUAAACAACUUCUUUCAACACAAAAAACUGUUUAGUAUUGAAAAUUUUAUGUAAUUUUUUGUUGAUUGUCAAACUAUUAUUGAUGGAAAUAAUUGAUUUGAAUCUUAUGAUAUUUUGUACUGUUUAUUAUACAUGAUUUAUAUUCUUUUCUAUCUGUUUGUAUCUUUUCUACCUCCUCUGUACAAUGUAUGAUUGUACAUUAAUGAGAAUAAAAUCAUUGUCAUUGUCAAAAAAAAAGUUACAAAGAUCACAGUGUCUGAUAAUAACUUACAAGAUCAAGAAGCUUAGGGUGGAACAACCUUCUAAUAAGAGAGAUAACUUCCAAAGAAAUCAAUCCCAAAAUGUCCAGUAAUUGGAUUUAAUUACCAGUGAUUAGUAAAGAAGACCUUAACACUUUUUUUAUUGCCAAUAUUUUUAAUGUUACUUAUACCAUUUGUACCAAGAUUUUAGUUUUAUUUAUCUAGUUUCCCCUGGCACCUAUUUAGCUGUCCAUCUGUCUGUCUACCUGUUUUUAUGUUUCACAUUCUCUUCUUAUUUUCUUCCUAUGCUCAGGUGAUUGAUGUGGCCCAGGGGCCUCUUGUUUUUAAACUACAUGUAUUACAAAUUGGGAUAUUUCUACAUCUUUGAACACAUUUUGAAAACUACAGUAAUAUGCAUUUACUUUUGUUUCAUUUUCCCUUAAAAUUAUUUGUUGCUAUUGGAUUCAUUAAUCUUUUGCAAUCACAGAUAGCAAUGUGAUAUUCUGAUUUAAAAAGCAGUGCUUCUUUAUGAAUGACACUACAUAUUAUUUUCAUAUAUACCUCAU